UCCAGGGUGCCCAGCGGCGCGCCCGGGAUUUCUGGCUGCGCCGCUCGCCGGCUCCAAGCAGGUUGCCGUGGGCUGGCACGCGCCACCAGGUCUCCGAGUAAAUAAGGGACGAGUCUCCCGAGCACCGUAAAUAGAGUCCAAGUGGGCGGGGAACCGCCGCGCGACGUCUACCCAUGUCUUUGCAGGGCCGCGUGUCCGGCCGCCUGGCACAGCUGCGCUCGGCGGGGCAGCUGCUAGUCUCUCGACACCCCUGGCCCGGCCCCCUGGCGUCCCUGGGCGCGCUCGGACCCCGCGCGCGGACCUCGGCUGGAGUUGGGGGUUGGGGGGCGGCGGCGCUCGGCCAGACGGCCGGGGUGCGCACCUGGGCCCCCCUGGCCAUGGCCGUGAAGGUGGACCUGAGCACCUCCACCGACUGGAAGGAGGCAAAAUCCUUUCUGAAGGGCCUGAGUGACAAGCAGCGGGAGGAACAUUACUUCUGCCGGGACUUCGUCAGGCUGAAAAAGAUCCCAACGUGGAAGGAGAUGGCCAAAGGGGUGUCUGUGAAGGUGGAGGACCCCAAGUACAAGAAGGAUAAGCAGCUGAAUGAGAAGAUCUCACUCUUCCGCGGCGACAUCACCAAGUUGGAGGUGGAUGCCAUUGUCAACGCUGCCAACAGCUCCCUGCUCGGAGGCGGAGGAGGCAGCCAAGGAUCAGUGGCCUCCCGACACCCAGCCCCUGCGAGGCCCUCGCCCUCCUGCCCUGCUGCACCGAGGAGGCUCAGCCUGACUGAGCUGCAGAUGACAUGGCCUCCACGGCCCCUGGGCCACAAGCUCCGGAUGCCGGUCAGGACCGCCCAGGCCCAGGCGGGGCACCUGGCUGCAGGCUGCAGGGCUGGAGCCCUCCAGACUCCGGUGGCUUCCCCUCCCCACCUGCUUCCUGCUUUGGUUCGUGCACUUGCUCCUCCCUGGGGCACUGCUCUCCCUGUCCCCACUGCUCCGGGCCCAUUCCCGUGACCCCUUCCUGUCCAGCUCCAUCCCUCUGCCCAGUCCCAGCUGGGCCCCAAGUGGGGUGUCUUCUCCCAGGAGAGCUGCAGCGCACAGGGCAGGGCCCCCUCAAUGGAGUGGGCAAGCGGGUGGGCAGGGCGCUGCUCCCAGGACAGCCUCAUGCUGCCCCACACUUCGAGGUUCUGUGACGUGGCCUCCUUGCCACCCUGCCUGGUCAUGCUGGACACGGGGGCCAGUGCUAAAGGCAGACAGAUGGCGUGCAGCUUCGGGGUCAGACAAGCCUGACCCCUCUCCACAGCACACACACUGAGCCUCUCUGCUUCGCACGUGGGGAAACCGAGGCACCAAGUCCCUGGUACUGUGAUCCCCUGGAGUUGGCCACCCCUGGGGACAGGGAUGAUGGGGUGCAGUCCCUGUGGGGACUCUGGCUGUGCCCCAUGGUCCCAGCACAAGCCAGUAAGCGUGUGGGGGGAUCGUGCCCCACCCCCGGCAGGCAAGAUGCCACCAAGCCCCCAAUGCAGCUGCCACAGUUUUAAUAACAGGAGUGAUUUUUGCAUGAUGAACGAGGCGCUGCCGUUGUGUACAUAAUGAAGCUCUAAUGUUUUCAAAUCCCCGUUUAAGGAGCUGAUCUCACCCCGUAAUGAAUUUCAGAUCACAUCUCGGAGCUGUCCUCCAUCCAUCUUUUCCCUGGAGUGCCCACCCACCUUGGCCCCCGGGGCAAGGCCUGCUAAGGGUGGGCUCUGCACCCAUCCUGGGCCCAGCCCAAGCCUCACACAGAGCUGGGGCCAUUGUGAGUGUGUCGACUGAAUGAGUAACCACAGAGAGUGGGCCAUGGCACAGUGGUUCUGAGGAAGACCCUCAGGGCCUGAGAGGAGAGCACAGGCUGGACCUGCCCCAGGUGGUGGGAGCUCGGGCGGACGAGCAGCUUAGUGUCUGCCUGACACUGCUGGGGCCCUCUCGGGGUCUGUUUUCCCGCCUCAACUUCCAGAUUCAGCAUUUCUAAAACUUGGACUGUAGCCUGAGCCAGGCUGCUGUGAGCUGUCCCAGGCAGGGGCACAGACCCCUGCGUAGCCCUGGGGCUCCAGAGGGGCUGAGAGCCGGAGAGGCUGACCCGGGCCUCCUGGUCUGUAACGGGGGCGACAAUGGAACCGAGCACAGGGCACUCUGACGUCUCUUACUGAAUGCCCAGUCCAACAGCUAAGGAAACUGAGGCCCAGGGAGAAGAACGUGGCUCAGAGAUGAGGUGGAAGAACUCAUGGGCGCUCCGCUCUGGGACACUGCCUGGCCUGGGGUCCCGCAGGCCUGGGCUGCUCUGCCACGAGGCCCCAGCAAGCUCGGUUCAGAGGCUGUGCAGCCCAGUACCCGGGGGAGGUCGGCUACCCUCUGCCCUGCUCGGGGACCGAGGGGGCCCAGGAAGGCUGCGCAGGACUGAGAGCUGCUGCGGCGAGGGUCCACCGCCCCGCUUGCUUAGCCACAUCUCUGCCUCUGCUCCUGUGAAACGGGGUUCUUGUGGGCUUUGCCUUGGUCCGGCCUGUGUCUGACCUCCCCGCAGCUCCUCGAGGCCUGGUGCUGAGCCUCGCACUUGCCCACAGCUACCAACAUCUCGUGGCCAGGAUUUCUGGGAAGAGAAACCCUGGAAGAGCCGACCACGGGCCAGGCCCACAGGACACGGUAGGGGGAGGGUGCCCAGGGUGCCACCUUCUGGCCAGAGCCCUGGCUGCCCCCUCAUUCCCCAGGCCACCAGGCUCCUCUGUUCCUGUAAAUAAUUAAUUAGCCCCUGCUCUCGCUUGUUUGUUUAGCAUGAGGAAUGCUCCCCCACUGAGAUGCAUUUAUUGCUGAAUAAAUUUAAAUAUCUAAUCUUCCCUUCAUGAAUAUUACAGCACCCUAAAUAGCGGCCAACAUGUGGGCCGUGGCCCCACUGGAGCCUGGCUGCCUUCAGCCUCUGCCCCGGGUCUCUCGGAGCCCUGGGCACCUGACUUCCCUCCUUCACACCCUCUCUGGGGAGACAGUGACAGUGGCCCUUGAAAGGUGCUGUGUGGCUGAAGCCCCUGUCCUACCUGGACAGGGCAUUGUCGUAUUGCCAGGAGGCCAAAGUCCCCAAGCAGGGAGUGGCUGAGGCCCAGAGUGAAGGCUCGGGCUCUACCUCUACAGGAGGGCACAGGGUGGAGGACAGCCAUGUCCAGAGAGGAGCUCAAAGCUCAGGGCUGGGAGGUGGGAGGUGUCUGCUUGGGGACGGCCUGGGAAGCGGAGCGGCUGGGACAGAUCAGGGCCCAGAUGGGUGAUGUGGCCAGAGGACGGGAGCCAGCUCGGGCACUGGCAGGGAUUAGGUGCUCACUGAAUCUUCCCAGAGGGUUGGGAGAAUCGAGGUGACUGCCAGCCGUCCUGGGAGCGGGGAAAGAGGGUGAGGUGGCCACUGAGUUUGAGGGACCCCGCCUUCCAGCUGUGCUGCCUGAGCCUGCUCCCUCUCCGUGCCUCAGUUUCUUCUUCUGUAAAGGAGAGGAAAUGGCAGCACCGCCUGGGAAAUGUGAGCUCAAACAGGACAGCGGGUGUGACCUGACUUGCGCCACUUGGGCUGUGGGCCACAUGGGUGAUGUCCAGGAGCAGAAUGUGGAGCUUGAAGCAGGAGGUGGGAGGGCAUCUGCUUGCCCAGGUGGUGGCCCAGGGAACAGACUGAGAAAGCUGAACUGGGGGGGUGGGAAAGAGGGUCAGUCUCCCUGGAGAGUCCCCAGGUUUUCUGCUGACUUGUGGCCAGAUGGAGCUGGAGGUGUUGAGGGUGUGAAUCUGGGACCUAUUGCCUCCUGCCAGGCAGUCCCAGAGACCAGGGUCAGAGGAUGGGACCAGAGUCCAGAUGGGGGUGGCAAGGUGGUGGCCCCCUGGGGCUGUGCGGAGACACCCAGCUGGGACUCCCCUGCAUCAAGAAGGGAGGGUGCAGAAGGCUAUGGGGACAGGAGGGUCUGUGGUGCCAACACCAGUCUGUGGAAGGCAGAGGCCGGGGCCUGACCCCCUUGUGUGGAGAGAACCCCACCCCAGUGCCUGCAGAGCGGUCACUCACUGGGCCCUAGCGCCAGUGUGGAGACGGCUGGGCCAUCCAGCCCAAGUCUCUGCAUUCCGGUUCCCUCAGCUCCCUGGUGCCCCCAGGUCAGCCCCAAAGGCCUGGCUGCAGGCCUGUUCACUGCUGCAGGAAACAUUAAGUCCCUGAGUCUCGGAGCUCACCCAGCUCCGCUUCCGCAGCACCCCCACCACCACUGGCCAAGGCCUCCUGCAGGGUGGUCAGCGCCAGGAGCCUGCAGGCAGUGGGUGCCAGGAGCCCAUGGCCACUUGCAGCCCAGCUCCCCUUACUCUGUUCUACAUACCGCAUGUUCUAUGUUCUACAUACCGUUCUACAUGCGCUCACAGUGAGCAACAAGGACUGGCUUAAGCAUUUUACAAGGAUGAACUCGAUUAAGCCCCAGGUACAGCUCAGUGGUAGAGCCCACCCAGCCUGCACCAGGCUCUGGGUUCCAUCUUCAGCAAAAGUAAAAGCUUCCAACCCCAAGAGGUGGGCAGGGCUACUGGGCUUGGGUCACACAGCAGUGGCCAGGAUUUGAACACAGGCUGCCCAGCAUUCAGCCCCUGCUGUGGCUCACCACCCUCGGUCCCCGGUAGCACUCUGCUCAGCACAGGACUCCUAGAUGGCUGCCCCCUGCCAGGGUCAGACCCUCACCUCCCACAGCUGUGGCUGCUUUUAUUCUUUCAGAAGAGAGCUGGAGCCUGGGGGCGCUGGGCGCAUGGUCCCGGGGCCUCUCUCCCUCCACACACUGGGAAGUCACCUGGUGCCAGCUCCAAGUGAAGCUGCAAAAUGAGGUCUAAUUGGGUCCCACAGGGUGGGGCCGGGCGCUGUGCGAAGGCCCUCGGAGUAGGGUGUGCGCCUCUGUGCAGUGGGCAAGCUGGCCCCUCCUGGGCCCAGCACCCCAGCACCAGGCAGCUGGAGCCCCCAGAACUUCUGGUCCAGGCCCACGGUACCCGCACAGCUUCUGGAAAGG